CUCAUAAUUGUCAUUCUUUGCGGAAUCCGUUGGCCGGGAAAUGUAUGUUGCUAGGUUGUUCGUUUUGCGACGGCGAAAGCGCUGACAAUGACGGAAAUGGUUUCGGAAGCGGUUGAGGCGGACACAUUCCUUCGAAUCUACGAAGCUAUUGAGGAUUCAUCACGCAAAAUUCAAGUUCCAGUCCGUCAUCUAUGUGCCGUUCAAAAAGUGAUAUGGUCAUCAUUUGAUUAUAUGACUGGACCUGAAUUGGGUUUCACUUGGGAAGCAGUUAAUGCAGCAAGCGAACUUACAUCAAGCGACAAAAGUUCGCUUUCGGAUAGUUCACGUGAUGAUUCGAGUUUCACUUCUUCCGUAACUAAAGGUGGUGGCAGUGGUGCUGAUUAUGAAGAAAUUGAUGAUAUCUACAGGAGUAAGCUAUUGGCAGAAGCAAUAUCCGACAUGCAUAUAUGUACCAUGUGUACUGAUACCAGUGGAGAUCUCAUUUGUUAUCACUGUGAUUGCAGUAAUGAAGGACUCUAUUUGGAUGAAUUCAUGACUGAAAGUCGUUCAACUAUCGAUGGGACUACUACGGUGGCUGCUAGUGACAGUGGUCAUAUGAAACAUUUAGCAAGAAAUUUUGCAUCAAGGAAUAACGACCUUGGAAGUUCAGCAAACAGUGAUAAGGACAGCAGCUUUCACAAGGGAGAAGAAAUUGCUGGAAUGAACUCACUAAAUGGAGUUGGAGAUUUACUGGUGCUUAAUGGGACAUCUGCAAAAAAUAGCGAAGAUUUCCAAGGAAUGGUUUCGUCGGGUGUGGAUUCGGGUAUAGUGGGCACUGUAUCAAUGUAUAGUGAGUUGAGCACGAUGGGCUCUUCACAUACAAAAGAAAUAUUAAAUGUCAAAUCAAGUGAAGAAAUCACACAAGAAUCAUGCACUGUUAAUUAUGAUCACAUCAUAACAGACAAUAACGUAACUGAAAACUAUGUAAGGAAAGAGCAAAAUGUUCAAGAUAUUGGACAAGCUGAUUAUGAAAUACUUUGUGAUUUGGUUGGAGAGAAUAGUACAGUCCAGCUUUCUGAUGAAGAAUAUGUCGCCAAAUUCGUCCUUGCUGAACAAAUUUGCAGCACACCUAUGCCAUCCAAUCCAGUAAUACAUAAGUUGAUUUUGUUGCCAAAACGUCGCCUUUUUGUUGGUUCAUAUUUGUUUCAAGUGAAUGGUGGUGCUCGCCACGACCAUCCAAUGUGCGCAAUUUCGCUUCUUGGUGAUUAUACAAGAUGGGAGUGGUAUGCUGAAAGACAGAGUAUAUUUGAGGAAGCAUUCAUGGAUAUUAUACCGCGUUUGCGGAUCUCCCAUUUAACAGAAUGUAUGGAAGAUUUUAUAUGCCGUGCAACCAAAGAAAUAUCGAAACUGAUGUCAUUUAUUGGUGUUUGUGAAGCUUACCCGUUGUUAUCACAAAAUACUCAUGAUAUUCGGUUUAGACAAACAUAUUUUGGCGGUGGGAAACUGCAAGACAAUUCAUUUUUGGCAAAAGCUAUAACAGCAGUACUGUUAUCGCAGUCGCAUUGUGUUAUUGUUGGUGACAAGAAGGCUGAUGUUAUCAAAAUGCUGUUGACGUUGUGCCUAUUUGUUGCACCAGAAUGGCGAUGGUUAUGUAUCAAACCGUUUCAGCACCCUUAUUCUCCUUAUCUUCGCCUUCAGGCUAUUCAAAGAAUUGACUUGAUCACUAUAAUGUAUGCUGGUGCCGAAUCGCACUGGCCGUUAACAGUGAUUGAUUUGGAUCGACGAAUUGUGUGUACUUCUUCACCACAUCCAAAACAUCGUACACUGAAGCUUCUCAAGCAAAGGGACGAUAUCACGCAGAUACUGAAAGGAACUGGUGUUGGUUUCAAAGACUCAAGAAUGCCAAAAAUUGAACUACGAAAUUGCCAUGCAGAUCCUCGCGUUACAAAUUUUCUCGUAAGAAUGGAUUUAUUGCCAUUUGAAAGAAGUGCUCGUUUGGGAUUUAUAAGACAAUUCAGAUUGAUGAUCGAAAAUUCAGCUAGAGCACUUAUUGCAUAUGUGCAAGACAUAAGUGAACCCGAUUCUUCAUAUAAACAACAUACAACAAGCUCGAGAUGGAGUCUUUGGCCAGCACGAAAGUCACUCGAUUUAGUCAGCAAUGCAUCAUUUUUAGUAACCCUAUCGGAAGCCGAACGAAUUUUGCCGGAAAUUGCUGAUUUUAUAUGUGAAUCGAACAAGCUUUGAUAUAAUAGUUCACGAUUUACUAACUCGUUUGCCGGAAUCAUUAAAUACUAAAUUAAAAUUUUGCGAGAAGCUGUGAAAUAAAUAUUUCAUUUGCAAGCUUUUCGGUAACGAGGGCACUACCGUACUUAGUUUCCAUUGAACAUUUGGUGUGUUUUCAAUGC